CGGUGCAGUAGAGUCGAGCGUCUCGUAGCGUGUGUACUUAUUCAUCGAUGAUAUUACGCGACGACAUCCGCGAAUAUAUAUAUAUAUAUUAUUAUAUAUAAUAUAUACAUAUAUAUAUAUAUUAUAAAGAUUAGUAAUAUCGAGAGCGAGGAAACAAGAGAGAGAAGAGAUAUAUAAGAGCAUCGCGAGUUCUCUCUCUCUUUUUGAAAUUCUUUCGUAGGACAACAACCCCCCGACCCCCGCGGUCCUUCCUCUCUCAUUCUCUCGUCCACGCAUACGCACGCUCUCUCUCUCUCUUUUUUCUUUCUUUCUUUCUUUCUUUCUUUCUUUCUUUCCUCUUACUCUUUCUUUUUUUCUUUCUCUUUCUCUUUCUUUUUCACCGACCGCCUCGCCUUCUCCCUUUUCCUUUCUUCGUUUCUGUCAAUCUAUCCCUGUCUCUCUCUCUCUCUCUUUCUGUCUUUCUCUCUUUCUUUUUUUCACUCUUCGUUUACCACCCGCACGCGCACGAUGUACGCAUUGCUCCUGCUGUUGCUGUCGCCUUCGUCGUCGUCGCCGUCGUCGUCGUCGUCGUCGUCGUCGUUAUUGUCGUCGUCGUCGUCGCCGUCGUCGUCGUCGCCGUCGUCGUCGUCGUCAUCGUUGUCAUCGUCAUUAUCGUCGUUGUCGUCGUCGUCGUUCUCUUGCCGUUUCUAAAAACGUAACAGCAUCGUGGCGACUAUCGGUGAAAAAAGUUGUAAUAAGAAGUCGCCGACGAAAGAAGGAGGAUCGAAGAUCAACGACGUGAACGAGAAACGGGAUCGUUCGGAGAAGAAACAGAAAGAAAAAGAAAAAGAAAAAGAAAAAGAAAAAGAAAAAGAAAAGGAAGAACUUUAGGCACGGUGACGCGACGACCGAGUGACGUGAAACGUGCGGAAUACGAAAGUAGUAGGAGAAGGUGAACGAAGAAGAAGAAGAAGAAGUAGAAGAAGAAGAAGAAGAAGAAGAAGAAGAAGAAGAAGAAGAAGAAGAAGGUGUUGCCAAAGGAGAACGAAAGAAGAAGAAGAAGUAGUAGCAGUAUAGUAGUGGAAGAAGAGGGAGUCGAGAGUAGUUCGCGGAGGAGACCAACGUUCUUUUUUCGAGUCGCGUUCGCCAUCAUUCUCCGUCUCUCUCUUUCUCUCGAUCGCGCGCGUUUCCCUACGGCGUACGCGCGCGCGCGCGCGCUCUCUUUCGUUCCUACACUCAUUCUGUCUUUCUCUCUCUCUUUCUGACUCUGUCUCUUUCUCUCUCUCCCUCUCACUCUCUCGUAAGCCCAGCACACACACACGCACUCAGUACUCGUUCGCUCGCUCGCUCGUUCGCUCGUUCGUUCGUUCGCUCGUUCGCUCGCUCGUUCGUUCGUUCGUUCGUUCGCUCGCUCGCUCGUUCGUUCGUUCGUUCGUUUGUCGCUCGCUCGCUCGCUCGCUCGUUCGUUCGUUCGUUCGUUCGUUCGUUCGUUCGCUCGCUUGCUAGCUAGCUAGCUAGCUAGCUCGUUCACUCUUCCGCCGUCGGUCUCUAUCGUUUUCUUCUGUCUCUCGUGCGCCCGCCAUUGAAGUAAUCAAGUAACUGCGAUGUGUGAUAAUACUAACACGACGACGCAGAGUAUAGCGGACUACCUGUCACAAUUACUAAAGGACAGAAAGCAGCUAGCUGCUUUCCCAAAUGUCUUCAUACACGUAGAACGACUGCUGGACGAAGAGAUAGCAAAGGUGAGGGCGAGCCUUUUCCAAAUCAGCGGCGUCAAAAAGGAGCCGCUGGUUUUGCCAGAACCCGAAGGCGAGGUCACUACGCUUAUGGAGAAGGUUUAUGUGCCGGUCAAAGAACAUCCAGACUUCAAUUUCGUUGGAAGGAUUUUGGGUCCUCGCGGAAUGACGGCGAAACAAUUGGAACAAGAAACCGGUUGCAAAAUAAUGGUGCGAGGAAAAGGUUCGAUGAGGGAUAAAAAGAAGGAGGAACAAAACCGGGGUAAACCUAAUUGGGAACAUCUAACAGACGAAUUGCAUGUUCUACUGACUGUUGAGGACACAGAAAAUCGUGCAACCUUGAAACUUGCUCGAGCCGUUGAAGAGGUCAAGAAGCUUCUCGUGCCCCAGGCUGACGGUGAAGACGAGCUAAAAAAGAGGCAACUGAUGGAACUCGCCAUUAUAAACGGUACCUAUCGAGAUUCCAACACGAAGGUUGCCGCUGCUGCAGCCUGUGACGAGGAAUGGAGACGCGUGGCUGCGGCCGCAGCGGAAACGCAACGUCUUUUGCCUGGUUUGGCGACACCAAUGAGGACACCAAGUGCUCCAUUAGGAGCACCGUUGAUACUAUCUCCAAGGAUAUCGGUGCCAACUACUGCAGCAUCCUUGCUUAAUGGCUCGGGUCCUCCAGGAUCUCUUCUAUCAGCUGGUGAUCCACAUGGACUGAUCUAUACACCUUAUGCGGACUACGCCAAUUAUGCUGCGUUAGCAGCCUCGCCACUUCUCACCGAGUACGCCACUGCGGACCAUUCUGGUGGGUUGUUCGCUCGCUGAUCCUCUGUCUCUCUCUCGUCUUUUCUUUUAAAACCAAAAAAAAAGAAAAACAAAAGAGAAAAUCCCGACAAGUCGACCGAAACAUCAACGACUACCGUCUCUUCCAUUACAGACACCCGCACCUACCCCCACUCCACCUCACCCUAUCCACCCUUUGGCCCUAGCCUAUCUCAAUUUUCCGCUCCAACAAAGUCAUACAACCGGAAAUAUUUUUUUGUUUUCUUUUUUUUGUUUUUUGCAAGCUUUUUAUUUUUUUCUUCUCAACUACUCUCGAACGUUUCCUCGUCAACCUUCCUUACGGGAUCUACGCGAUCCAGAAAGCUACGUGCCUCUCUACGCUGGUCUCGAUCCUAGAGCGAAGCUUGACGUCGAACGUUUUUCUCGAAGAAAAAUCGGAUUUUAUAAUCGUCCUUAAAAGACGAAUUGUCUCGUUAAUUUUAUUAUUAUUAUUAUUAUUACUAUUAUUAUUAUUAUUAUUAUUAUAUAUUAUAAUAUUAUAAUAUUAUAAUUAUUAUUAUUAUUAUUAUUAAUAUUAAUAUUAAUAUUAUUAUUAUUAUUAUUAUUUUUAUUUUUAUUACUAUUAUCGGUAAUGUUUAGUGUCAUCGUUUUCGGUAAGUGCAAGUUUAGGAAGAACAGCAAAGCCGAAUCAGUCAUUUACUAGUCGCCGCGUCACAGUCGGGAUAAUAAAGAUUCUUUUAGCGUAAAAGUACACACAUAUAUUGUGCCCUUUCGAGCGUAAUAAUGGCGGCUACCGGUGUACAUAAACGCGAUAGCAAAAAAUGAUGCUCCCCCAUAGUGCCUCGAAUAAAAUGAGCCUGUUAGGAAAGUAUAGGUGUGAUAGGAGGAUAGGCAUUCUUUUUCUAUUAUUAUUGUUUUCUUUUUUUUUUUUUUUACAUCCUUUUUUUCAUGACGUACUUGCGAGAAAAAUAUUUGAUUUUUACAUAUAUAUAUAUAUACAUACAUACGAACAUACAUAUAUAUAUAUAUAUAUAUAUAUAUGCAUAUGUAUGUAUGUAUAUUUUUAUUAGAUUUUUUUUUAAACAAGUGCAAAUGCUGCUUAAGUAUCGAAGAAUCCCAUCCUACUCCCACCCUCUCCUAACCCUCAGACACAAUUCCCUCUGUCUUUUAAAUAAUUAAUUUAAUUAAUUAAUUACUUACCAUUCACAUUAUUUGUAGCAGCAUGAAGGCGUAAAUAACGCGAGUUAAGAAUCAAAAAAACAUAAUUAUUUGUCUUGUAUAGUGCGACAAAUGUGCACUACUCUUACGUACUAGUCCAAGAAAAAAAUUUUUUUUUUUUGCCUUUUUUUCUUUCUUUCUUUUUUUAUGAUAGAAGGAAGAUAAAAGAGAUUUUUUUUUUCGUUUUUUAUUUCUUUUUUCUAUAUAUACUUAUAUAUAUAUAUACAUGGUGGUACUCUACUUAAACGAUCUAAGAUAAAACGCGCGAUGAAAAAUCUUUGAAUAAAUUGGUUCUUGUUAUUGUCGAUCGAAGUAUAUACACAGCUUGUUCUUGUAUGUUAAACUCUUUUACAAUUAAUAUAUAUAUAUAUAUAUAUAUAUAUAUAUAUAUAUAAAUUAAUAAUUUGUGUCAACGAUAUACCUUUUAUAUUACCGUCCAGUCUCUAAUCAAUGAAUAUCAACAUUUUGGUCACAAAGUAUCGAGAAAAAAAAAUUAAGCAUACAGUAUUUAGCGUGCAGUUUUUAUUAUUGUUAUCAUUAUUAUUAUUAUUAUUAUUAUUAUAUUAUUAUUAUUAUUAUAUUAUUAUUAUUAUAUUAAUACCGGUACGGAAAGCAUUAUCUAUUAAUCAGUACCAUAUAAAUUAUAUCUCAUAUCUUUUAUCUUCUUUUUAUAUGCACAAGAAGCAUUCAGUUACCUAAAGGUACGUUUUUAUACUCGAAUAAAUACGAUUAAAAUAUGCAAAUCGUAUACGGAGUUUAUAUAAAUGUUAUAUUUUAAAUUUUGCAAAAUAGAUAUAUGUAUAUGAGUAUUUUGUAUAAUAUAUAUUUUCUCUCUACAUACAUACAUACAUGUAUAAAUACAUACAUAUAUAUAUAUAUAUAUAUAUAUACACACACACACAUAUAUAUAUAUAUGCGUGUGUGUAUAUAUGUAUGGAUUCUCUCGUUUAAACAACGAGGCAUCUGAAUUAGUACUGCACGUUAACGUGCUCUGCUCAAUGCAAUAAUCAAAGGCCAUGCGUUGCACUUCUUAUAACGCCUACGUGACGCGCACAUACACACAUACACACACGCAUAUAAAUACAUAGAUGCAUUAAAUAAUAUACAUAAUUACGUGUAUGAGCGAAUAUCGUAUUUAUUGAAUUAACAUAGUAGUCUAGAGUUGAUUUUUCUUUUUUUCACAUUUUUCUUUCUCUUUACUUUUUUCUUUUUUUAUUGAAUUUAAGAUUAAGUCUUGGAAGCGGCCAUUUUGUGCCCUCGAUUUAAACAGUUAAUAAUCUUUGUUUUUUAAUAACAUUAACUUUGGAUACGUUUAUCCGUAUUAAAAAGAUUAACGACCGUCUUUCCUUUUUUUCUUUUUAUCUUUUCUUUUUUUUUCUUUUUUUUUUUUUUAUUAGUUUCUUUUUUUUCUAAUAUAUAAAACGGUGAUGGUUCUCAUUAAGUGAAUUUCGAGAAAAAUCGUGUAUUUCUGCAUUUUUUUGUUCUUUUUAUAUUUUUCUUUUUUUCUAUAUUUCUUCUGUUUGUUUUAUCCUCUCUUCCUUUUCUUUUUUAAUUAUUUUUGAAUCUCCAAGUUCUCCUUGACAUGAAUUAAUAAGAGCGAUGUAAGAAAAAAAAAAAAAAGAGAAACUACAAAGUACAUCACUAGAAUCUCGAACGAAUCCCUAGGGUUGAAUUUCUAACACACGGAAUUAAAUAACAACUAACUCGAUCGUCCUUUUUCCUACGAAACUUACACACUCCAAUCUUUUUUACCUAAUGUCGUCCCAAUCGUCCAAUGAAAUCGUACCUGUUACCAAUCAUUCAUUCGGUACAAAGUGCAGUCAUUAAAAGUGAUCGCGUUUAAUACUUUUAAAUAAUAGCCCAGUGAAAAUAAAAACGUUUAACAUAUAACAAACGAGAGAAUAUUAUAGAUAGAUAAUUAGAUGAUAGAACUAACGAUUUGAAUAGUUUUUUUAUUUAUCUUCGACAUAUAAUGGGACAUAGGUAAAAAAAAAAAGAAAUGAUAAUAAAUAUGAUAAUCCUGUUACUUAACAAAGUUCAAAAGAAAAAAAAAAAGAACGUAUGUAAGAGUUGUUUUAUACCCCGUCAGACUAGAAUAUUUUUAUUUAAUCAAUCAGGAUGUUUUUAAGGUAACACUUUUUAUGGUGUUUAAUAGUCAAUGAUAGAAACGUAUAUAAUAUAUACAGGGUGUGUUUAUACAUAUACAUAGGACAUAUAUUUAUAUCAACUUUUUUUUAUUAUUUAGAUGUGCUGAAUGCACACCUAAAAUAUUUCCCAUUUAUUCUGAGACACACCUUGUAUAUCUACGUAGGAUUUUUUUAUAGGCAAUUGGUAGUCGUAGGAAAAGUACCCAGGGACCAAACGUAUAAAAAUGUUUCAGGACUGAUGGUUCUAGCGUAUAUUUGUAGUUGUUUAGGGGAUGUUUAACGAAAGCUAUAUAUUGAAAGGUGAUUUUUUUUAACGAAUAUACGAACGGAAUAGAAAAAAAGAUUUGUUAGAUAUAGAUAAAGGUAGAUAAAGUUUAAUACGUAUUUAGAAGGAUAUCUCGAAAUAUUUCUAAUCACGCGAACCUUUUGAUAAAUAGCCUUCAACGUGACAUUUAAAAAGAAACAAAAAAAGAAUAAUAAUAAAAAAAAAAAAAUACAAGUUAAGCCAUUACGAGAGAGAUGAUCAUGUACAUUAUUUUAUAUUAUAGAUAUUAUAUCUCUAUAAGAUUAUUUAAUUUUAUUUUUAUAAACAAUGAAUGAGCAAGAUUUAGGUAGUCCAAGUUUUUUUUUUUUUUAUAGGUUUAGAUAUAUAUAAUUAAGAAGUUUUAAGAUGGCGUAUCGAUAUAAUUAUCUUUCAAAAAAUACUCACGCGGAGAAAAAAAAGUAAAGUGGCUGGUUACGUAUUCUUUUUUUUUCUUUUCUGUCUUUUAUUAUUAUUAUUAUUAUUAUUAUUAUUAUUACUAUUAUUAUUAUUAAUUUUAAUUAAAAUACAUUAAAGACUUAGCUGAUUUCUUGGAGAAUCAAAAGUGAAAUCAUAGCCAUAUAUGACGAGUGAGAAGGAAUCCAAUUUUCUCUUUUUUGUUUUUUUUUCUGGUUUUCUUUUUUAUCCCCUUAAAUCACUCAACUACACACAAAAAAAGAAGAGUACUAUGUUUGUGUUUAUUUGUCAUGUAUAGUUUAAACAUAAUUAUUUUUAUAUGUAUAAGGAUUGCUGUGUUGAAGAUAGUAAGCCUGAUACGAACGUCAUUCUCUCUCUUUAUAUUUACAUAUAUAUUAUUUUCGUAAAUAAGAGAUUAGAAUAUUUUUGAUCGUACAGUUUGAGGCAGCGUACAGUUUACUAUCUUCAUGUUGCAAACCUAAGAAAAUUGGUCGGCCACGUAAACCACAAUCUAUGUCACUGAUACUUUAAAAAAAAAAAAAGAGAAGAAAAAGAAUUUCUAAAUCUUUUCACUUGUUCUUCUCAACGAGAUUGACUUUAACAAACAAGUAUACUCUCAUACAAUCCAUUUUGUAUAAUAGAAUAUUUGUAUAAUAUUUUUUUCUUUCCUUUUUCUUUUUUCUUUUUGUGUCUUUUCUUUUUUGUAGAAAAUAAUAAGAUAGUGAUUUACGACCGUACCAGUAGAGAGCGAGUCCCCCUCCAAUAUAUAGAAUGUUAAUCUGUUAGUUCUUGUUAAUCUAGCGGCAAGACGAUAUCCAAAAAUACGUUUGCCAAAAAACGACUGUGGAAUUAUUAUCGUUACGUGAGACAAACGAAAGAAUGAAAGAAACAGAGAAAAUGAAAACAAACAAAAAAAAAAAUAAAAUAAAAAUAGAAUAUAUAUAUAUAUAAAUAUGAAGCAAAAAUUAAUAAAAAAAAAAAAAUAAAAAAAAAAUAAAGAGAGAAAAAAAAGAAA